GCGGAGGCGUGCCAGGGGGCGUGCCCGAAGGCGGGACCAAGGCGGCGCUGGCCCCGCCCCUCGGCCGUGCGAGAGGCCGAGCUUGCUGCAUUGCAGCCGCCGCGGCGCCGCUCGGCUCCUCACUCCCAACAAUGGCGGCUCCGAGCCCCAGCGGCGGCGGCGGCGGCGGCGGCGGCGGCUCCGGGGGCGGCAGCGGCACCCCGGGCCCCGCGGGGUCCCCGGCGCCCGGCCACCCGGCCGUCAGCAGCAUGCAGGUAAAUGAACUGGAACUUAUCUCUUUUACUUUAGGCUUUCAGAUAAACUUCUGUGAAAAGGCACAAAGUAAACGCAAAGCACUGAAGUUGAAUUUUGCAAAUCCACCUUUCAAAUCUACAGCAAGGUUUACUCUGAAUCCCAAUCCUGCAGGAGUUCAAAACCCACACAUAGAGAGACUGAGAACACACAGCAUUGAGUCGUCAGGAAAACUGAAGAUCUCCCCUGAGCAGCACUGGGAUUUCACUGCAGAGGACUUGAAAGACCUUGGAGAGAUUGGACGAGGAGCUUACGGUUCUGUCAACAAAAUGGUCCACAAACCCAGUGGGCAAAUAAUGGCAGUUAAAAGAAUCCGGUCGACAGUGGAUGAAAAAGAGCAGAAGCAGCUCCUCAUGGAUUUGGAUGUAGUGAUGCGGAGCAGUGACUGCCCAUACAUUGUUCAGUUCUAUGGUGCGCUCUUCCGAGAGGGUGACUGUUGGAUCUGCAUGGAACUCAUGUCUACCUCGUUUGAUAAGUUUUACAAAUAUGUAUAUAGUGUAUUAGAUGAUGUUAUUCCAGAAGAAAUUUUAGGCAAAAUCACUUUAGCAACUGUGAAAGCACUAAACCACUUAAAAGAAAACUUGAAAAUCAUUCACAGAGAUAUCAAACCUUCCAAUAUUCUUCUGGAUAGAAGUGGAAAUAUUAAACUCUGUGACUUUGGCAUCAGUGGACAGCUCGUGGACUCGAUCGCCAAGACGAGAGAUGCUGGCUGCAGGCCCUACAUGGCACCUGAACGAAUAGACCCAAGUGCGUCACGCCAAGGCUAUGAUGUCCGCUCUGAUGUCUGGAGUCUGGGGAUCACAUUGUACGAAUUGGCCACUGGCCGCUUUCCUUAUCCAAAGUGGAAUAGUGUAUUUGAUCAACUAACACAAGUCGUGAAAGGGGAUCCGCCACAGCUGAGUAACUCUGAGGAAAGGGAGUUCUCCCCAAGUUUCAUCAACUUUGUCAACUUGUGCCUUACGAAGGAUGAAUCCAAAAGGCCAAAGUAUAAAGAACUCCUGAAACACCCCUUUAUUUUGAUGUAUGAGGAGCGCGCCGUCGAGGUCGCAUGCUAUGUGUGUAAAAUCCUGGAUCAAAUGCCAGCCACCCCGAGCUCCCCCAUGUAUGUCGAUUGAUGUCGCUGCUACGUCAGACUCUAGACUAAGGGCUGAGAGGAAGCAAGACGUACAGAACCUUCACCCCUACCACAGUGUUUUUAUUGCUCGCCAGACACCAUGCACACCACGACUGGUGUUUGUUUCCAUCCCGUCUGUAUACUCCCGCCACCCCGAACGCGCAUCCCCGUGUGACCCGAGCACCCGCGCAGCGUCAGUGCCGGUCAGAGACCUCGCCUGCUCUCCCGUGAACGUGGAUGUCAGUACGAUCAGCUUGCUGACUGUGAUAAGACCACAUCGUAAACUCAUUUCUAGACUCGAAGCCUGGAGACGCAGCUGCUGGAAGGGUGUUUCGUCAGGCUUCCGAAUGCUGGAUGGAUGCGGUGGUGGCCACGCUGUGUCUGAAUGCAGGCUCUGGGCUGGAGCGUGCAGCAGGCACAGCCGGCGAGACACCUUGCCUUCCGGAGCUGGGAGACGGAGGAGGGGUAGACUUUCUUCACCAAGUGCAAUAGGUUGACUGAUUGGACCUUCUGUUGUUUGACAGUCACUGUCCACGCUUGGGGAUCCAUGUGCUCAGCCAAAUUCCCUGUUUGAAAUAUCACGUUAAAUUAGAGCACGUUUAUCUUUACCAAAAACUGUGCUGCGUUCAGAGAGGAGAACGUGAAAAUGCCGAGACGGAACAGAACGUGUUCUUUUCUCCCCCGCCCACCCCCAGUCCUCUGCCCUCCAUCAGGGAGACUCAGGAGUCUGCCACACGUCAGAGAAGGUGCUGAUUCUCAGAAUUCGGUGUGCUGCCAAUUGGAUGUUCCACCUGCCACAAACCACCCGGGCUGAGAAGGGAAGAAUAGGGAGGGCAAAGUUUACAGAUGUUUUUAAUCCUAGAAUCCUGUCUGGAACAACUCGUAGCAGCUAUGUAUUUCCCCUGGUCCCAAGCCUGAUGCUCUGGCCACCAUAACUCACUGACGGGGAGAAGUAGCUGGUAGCAACGUGCCUUGACUGAUCAGAUAAAGAUGUCUUUUAGGCAGCAAAAGACCAGAUCUCAGCUGUGUGACAUGACUGGUCCAGGUCUGCAGCUUCUGCGUCUCUUUCCCCACCUGUGUGGUCUGUUGCCCCUAUGUGACUCUUGCUUGAUCCAGUAUCUCACCUUUUUCCCUAUAACAGAAACCUUUAUGAUUACCAGGGAUGUUCCUUACCAAGAAUUUGUACAGCCCCCAGUGUAUCCCAUGAUCUCAAGUUUAAAAGGCUGAGAAGGCGGGGCCCAGCUGAUGUGGCAGGUGAUGGAAGAACAUCUCUUCUAGAGAUAACACUUGACCAGAGGAGGAUUUCUUUUACAUGAGUUCCUCACCUACAAGACUCGAGCAGGUCACCACAUUUCUUAGGAUUGGAGUUCUACAAAAAACAAGCCUAAAACCAAAAAACCCCCAAAGAGCCCCAGAAUAGUUCUAGGAGGCCGUUGAAAUUUGCAUCUUCUGCUGUCCUUCCUCCCUUCCCCGCGAGCCGGGUCUCCAUGGUCUCCCUCCGGCCCCCUGACGCCCUGCGUAGGUGUGAUGGUCAAGUCUGUCCAGCAGCGCCCUGAGCAGCUCCGCCCACUGGAGCGUAAAGCGGCCGAGGUCUGAGACGCGGCAGAUGCCGUGACGGGAACCAAACAGCGGUGGGUGUCGCUGUGUCUCCUCCCAGGUGACAGUCACGGACACUUCUCAACAACAAAGGGAGAAUGGUGCUGUUUACAGUUACAUCCUGUCAAUUUCUGAAUUUACCAGUGGUUUCUCGCUUUGGUCCACUCGCCUGAUCUUCCUGUUUUCUCUGCCGUGGCAUCGAAACCCCAGAUUUCCCAGCCUUGGAGGGGAAGCCCUGCAGCGCCUGCCCCUGACCAUGCCAAGCCAUCGCCCCCAUCCCCACGGCUCCCGGGGACUCAGGAGGACUCCGGAUCUCCGUGGUCACCCUUCUGUCUGGCUCCGCGUGGGGUCACUUUGCCAUAUGCAGAUGGAGAGGAACACAGUGCUGACCGUCCAGGAGCUGAUCUGACCAUUCUCUCAUGUGGAUGACCACAUAAAAAAGGCAAUUUUAGUGUAUUAAUCAUAGAUUAUUAUAAACUAUAAACUCAAGGGCAAGGAGUUUAUUACAGUGUAUCUUUAUGAAAAGGGUGUACAGUGUUCACACUCUGUAACAAUAGUGUAAGAACUGUACAUUGUGAGCUCUGGUUAUUUCUCUCCUGUACCACAGAAGCAUAUUGUAUAAAAACUGUCGGAAAGCUGAUGUGAAGGGCUACUGCCUUAUUUGUCUGUAAAAAGUGCAGCUCAGUCACAUGACUGCUUCCUGGAGCUUGGGAAUAGUUUAUCCUGUAUUCUUGUUUGAAUUCUCCCUCUAUUUAAGAUGUAUCCAUGGAAUCGAAGUGUCGAUGUAAUAGUUCUCUCCUCUUGCCUGCAGGUCAGUUGUAAUAAAUCUAGGAUGUGAUGAUGA